AUGGAAGCCUGUGGCAAGGAGCAGAAUCUGCAGCUGACUGACAACUUCACGGUCAAGGUUGUUCAGCUUAUCGACACCAUUGGGGUCCGACACGGGCUCAUGCUUGUGGGGCCAACUGGAGGCGGAAAGACGUGCAACUAUCGCCUGCUGCAAGCCACCUCCAUCGCCAUGUGCGAGGCCGGCGACUCGAAGUACCAGAAGGUGCAGACUCACAUUCUGAAUCCGAAAGCCAUCACGCAGGCCCAGCUCUACGGUGCUUUCGACGAGGUGACACGUGAGUGGUCGGAUGGUGUGGCCAGCGAGUGUGUGCGAACAGCCGUGGCCAGUGGGAAAUCAGGAAGCCCCGACAAUCACUGGGUGAUCUUCGAUGGACCUGUUGAUGCUUUGUGGAUCGAGUCCAUGAACACUGUCUUAGAUGACAACAAGAAGCUAUGCUUGACAUCUGGAGAAAUUAUCUCGCUCACGCCCCAGAUGAGGAUGGUUUUCGAAGUGGAGGACCUCUCGGUUGCCUCCCCUGCCACAGUCAGCCGCUGCGGCAUGGUCUACAUGGAGCCUUCGGCCUUGGGUAACGAGCCUUUGAUUCAGUCUUGGGUGGAGAGGUUGCCUAGCACCUUCAAGCAGGAAAUGGCAGACAAGCUGAAGGAACUCAUGUUGGCCUACACCCUGCCAAUCAUCAGAACCGUGCGGAAGUUGACCAAGGAACCCUCCAUGACUGUUGACAACAAUCUCUGCCAGUCGCACUUCAGGCUCAUGGAUUGCUACUUCUACCAGUACAUCCCCACUGAAGCCAAAACGCCAAGCCCAGACGAAAUCAACAAGCUGCAGUCCCAUUUGGUGCCGCUUUACUUCUUCACUCUGGUUUGGUCUGUUGGUGCGACCUGCGAUAACAAGGGCCGCCAGAUUGUCAACGACAGACUUUGGGAGCUUGUGAAGGAAACUGGUGUUCAGGCAACGAGUGCCCGUGCUGCGUUGAAGAGGUACGACUACAUCUACGAGCUCGAGGGCGAGCGGGAAGGCCAGUGGACGCCAUGGUUGACCUUUGCACCAAAGUACUCGGUGCCUCCACGUUCGGAGUACCAGAACAUUGUGGUGCCGACGGUUGACUCCGUGCGCCUCACCCACACCUUCUCCACGCUCCUUCUCAAGGACAAGCAUGUCAUCGUGGCCGGCCAAACAGGGACAGGCAAAUCCGUGUACGUGUCGCUCUGGCUCCAGAAAGAUGCCCCAGAGACGAUCACGCCGAUUUUCAUCAACUUCUCUGCUCAGACCCACGUGAACCAGCUGCAGGAUCUCCUGGACUCCAAGUUUGAGAAGCGACGACGUGGAGUGUACGGUCCACCAGCCGGAAAGAAGAACGUGAUCUUCAUCGAUGAUCUCAACAUGCCCAAGAAGGAGUACUAUGGGGCACAGCCGCCGAUCGAGCUCAUUCGACAGUGGAUGGACUACAGUGGCUGGUACAAUCGCAAGGAGCUAAAGAUGCAGGAGAUCAUUGACAUCGUUCACGUAUCAGCCAUGGGUCCUCCCGGUGGUGGCCGCACCGAGAUCUCGGGACGCUUGAAGAGGCACUACAACGCAGUGGUGGCCGCUGACAUGUCACGAGACUCCAUCUUCGGCAUUUUCUCCACGAUCUUGGACUACUUCCUGCAGCAGGGCUUUGAGAAGUCAAUCAUUGACCUCAAGGACAAUAUUGUGAAUUGUUCCAUCGACAUCUUCGAGGCUGCUGGUACAGACCUAUUACCGACCCCGUCUAAGAGCCACUACACCUUCAAUUUGCGAGAUAUUUGGAAGGUCUUCCAGGGCAUCUGUUCUCUAAAGUCGAAGAAAGUUUCAGACCCUCAAGUCGUGACUCGAUGCUUCUGCCAUGAAAAUGUUCGAGUCUAUGGGGAUCGACUGACCACAGCUGAAGACCGCGCUUGGCUUCAAUCAAAGCUAGAAGGCCACCUCAACAACUCCUUUGCAGUGAGCCCCAUCCAGAUCUUUGACAAGGAGCGUCUGGUCUUUGCUGACUUCAUGAGCCAGAGCGGGGACCGAUUCUACGGUGAGGUGGAGAGCAUGACGGCCAUGAAAGCCACCAUGGAAGGUUUCCUGGACGAUUACAACAACAUGUUCUCCGUGCCAAUGCCGCUGGUCAUGUUUGCAGAUGCUUGUGAGCAUGUCGCCCGCGUCUGCCGCGUCCUGCGCCAGCCGAAUGGUAAUGCAUUGCUUCUUGGUGUUGGAGGAUCUGGUCGGCAGUCCCUGUCACGCUUAGCCAGCUUUAUGUCUGAGUAUGACAUCUUCCAGAUUGAUGUGGUCAAGGGCUACGGCAUGACGGAGUUCAAAGAUGAUCUCAAGACAUGCUUGAUGAAAUGUGGCAACGAGCAGAAACCUACCACUUUCCUCUUUGCGGACACGCAGAUUGUGAACGAGCAGAUGGUGGAGGCCAUCAACAAUGUCCUCAAUAGUGGGGAUGUGCCGAACCUCUACAAAAACGAGGACAUGGACUCCAUCAUGCAAGCCUGCCGCGCUGCAUGCCAGCAGGCUGGCAUCCCGCCGACAAAAGCUAACGUCUUCAGCACCUACUUGAGUCGCGUGAAGGCAAACGUUCAUGUGGUGCUGGCUUUCUCCCCUGUCGGUGAUGCUUUCCGCACACGACUUCGGAUGUUCCCAUCAUUGGUGAACUGCUGCACCAUUGACUGGUUUGCUGAGUGGCCAGCAGAGGCUUUGUAUAGUGUCGGCAAGCAGCAGAUGACACUGGAGGACCUGCAGCUGCAGAACUUGGAAGGUGUUCUCAAGGCCUUCUCUGUCGUACACCAAUCCGUGGAGCAGGCCGCCAAGAAGACCAUGGAGACUGUCAGGCGGGCCAUCUACAUCACUCCCACGUCUUACCUGGAGCUGAUAUCCUCCUUCAAGAAGGUGCUCGCGCUGAGACGGGAUGCAGUCGGAACCUUGAAGAACCGUCUGCAGAAGGGCUUGGAUGCUCUUGGAGCGGCGGCUUAUGCUGUGGCCAACAUGCAGUCUGAGCUUGAAGCCAAGCAACCUGUGCUGGAGGAGACGAAAAUCAAGGUGGCUGAGAUGAUGGUGGUGAUCACGGAAGACAAAGCCAAGGCCGCAGUCACGAAGGAGGAGUGCCAAGUAGUGGAGACGGAAGCGCAAGAGCAGGCGGCCAAAGCCACGGCCAUCAAAGAGGACGCCGAGAAGGACCUGAAUGAGGCUUUGCCUGCGUUGAACGUCGCAGAGAAGGCUCUGAAAGCCCUGAAGCUCUCCAGCUUGCAGGAGAUCAAAGCUUUGGGCAAGCCUCCCGAUGGCGUGCGGCUGACUUUGGAGGCUGUCUGCGUGAUGUUCCAGGUCAAGCCAAUCAAGAAGAACGAUCCCAACCAGCCCGGCAAGAAGAUCGACGAUUACUGGGAGGCUUCGCAGAAGGGGCCUUUGAGCGACCCGAAGAAGCUGCUUGAUGACCUCUUCGAGUUUGACAAGGACAACAUUGCAGAGCCUGUGAUCAAGAAGAUUGGAGAGUAUGUGGACCGCGAGGAUUUUGAUCCCGCUGCCAUCAAAAAGUCCUCAGUGGCCUGUGAAGCCCUAUGCAUGUGGACGCGGGCGAUGCACAAGUACCACUUCGUGGCAAAGGCUGUAGAGCCGAAGCGCAGGAUGCUUGCUGAUGCAGAAGCCAGCCUGGAGAUCACCAUGACCAAGCUUCGCAAUGCCCAAGCACAGCUCAAGGCUGUGGAAGACAAGCUGGCGCAGCUGGAGGCUGACUACAAUGCUGCCGUUGCCAAGCAGGAUCAGCUUGCGCACGAAAUGGAAAUGUGCGUCAUCAAGCUUGCGAACGCCAACAAGCUGAUUGAUGGCCUGGGUGGAGAGAAGGAUCGGUGGUCUGCCACUGUGGAUUCGCUGACCACAGAAUACGACCUUCUACCUGGUGACUCUCUGAUUGCUGCAGGAAUGGUUGGCUAUGCGGGACCGUUCGCUGGAGAAUACCGGCAGCACUUCGAGAAGCUCUGGUUGAAGACCGAGGAUGAGGAGGGUAUCACCCACAAGCAGGGUGCCAGUUUGGUCAACGUCCUUGGCCAGCCCGUGGUCAUCCAGCAGUGGGCUGUGUGUGGCUUGCCCAACGACAACCUGUCUGUCGAGAAUGGCAUCAUUAUCGCAACUGCGAGGCGCUGGCCACUCAUGAUCGACCCCCAGCGGCAGGCCAACAAGUACAUCAAGCUCUACGGGAAGAUGGCCAGCGAGCAGGGCAUGGGCACCUGCAAGUUGUCAGAUCCCAAUCUUUUGCAGACGGUGGAGCUCGGAAUCCAAUUUGGGAAGUGGAUCCUCCUGGAGAACAUCGGUGAACAGCUGGACCCUGCGCUGGAGCCCGUCCUGCAGCAGCAGAAGAUCCGAGAUGGCACAUCUUUCGUCAUCAAGCUUGGCGACAAGAACGUUGCCUACGAUGACAAAUUCCGCUUCUUCAUGACCACUACUCUGGCAAACCCGCACUACUCGCCGGAGACCUCUGUCAAGGUCACCCUGCUGAAUUUUGCCAUCACGCCAGAGGGCCUGCAGGACCAGAUGUUGGGGAUCGUGGUUGCUAAGGAGCAGCCCGAGAUGGAGGAAAAGAAGCAGGAGCUCGUCAAGAACGGAGCUGCCAUGAACAAGCAGCUGAAGGACAUCGAAGAUGAGAUUUUGAGGCUGCUGUCCGCAGAUGGUGACAUCUUGGAGAGCAAGGAGCUGAUCGACACGUUGGAAUACUCCAAGAAGACCUCUGCAGUCAUCAACAAGGCCAUGGAGGAGGCCAAGGUGACUGAAGUGGAGAUUGAUGAAGUGCGAAGGUCCUACAAGGACUACGCUUUCCGUUCUCAGCUGCUCUUCUUUGCAGUCAGCGAGAUGAGCAUCAUCGAUCCCAUGUACCAGUUCAGCUUACAGUGGUUUCAGCAACUGGCUGGCCUUGGCAUUGACAAUGCGCCAGCUGGGGAGACCCCGACGCAGCGACUGGCAAACCUGAUCAGCUACUUCACCUACUCCAUCUACCAGAGCGUUUGCCGUGGCCUCUUCGAGAAACACAAGCUCCUAUUCUCCUUCUCACUUACCAUGAAGAUCAUGAAUGGCGAAGGCCGUCUUGAUGCCAAUGAGGCUCGCUUCCUCAUGGCCGGACCGACGGGCGAGGUGAAGGGCGGCAUUCCCAACCCGGCGGAGAGCUGGCUGACCUCGAAGUCCUGGAACGAGGUCUUGUCGCUGGCGCAGCUGCCGGCCUUUUCGGGUUUUGAUGCCUUCUUCGCGUCAAAUGUCAAAGGCUUCCAGAAAAUCUACGAUGCCCCAGAAGCAGACCAGGAGCCCAUUCCUGGUGAGUGGGGCAAUCGCAUGUCGCCGUUCCAGAAGCUUUGCUUCCUUCGAACGCUCAGGCCCGACAGAGUGCAGACUUCUGUGCUGGACUUUGUUGCCCAAGACAUGGGUUCGAAGUUCGUUGAGCCUCCAGUCUUUGACAUCGCCAUCUCCUAUGAGGAUUCCACAAAGAUGUCGCCCCUGAUCUUCGUGCUCUCCGCUGGUAGCGAUCCUGUCGCCGACAUGCUGGCCUUUGCCGAAGCCAGCGGGAUGGGCUCCAAGCUGGAGAGCAUCUCGCUGGGACAGGGCCAAGGUCCCAAGGCUGCUCGAAUGAUCGAAAAGGCUCGGGAAGCAGGCGGUUGGGUUCUUCUCUGUAACUGCCACUUGUCCAUCUCGUGGCUGCCGGAGCUGGAGCGCAUUUGCGAGCAGAUGAAUCCCGAAGAGACAGACAACAACUACCGACUUUGGCUGACGUCCAUGCCAACCAAGCAGUUCCCUGCCCUGCUUCUGCAAAACGGCGUCAAGAUGACAAACGAGCCACCGAAGGGCCUGCGAGCAAACGUCCUAGGGUCCAUGAUGAAGUGUGACGACCGUAUGCUCUCAGACUGUGAGAAGCCCGAAGCAUACGCUCGUUUGGUCUUUGGCUUCUGCUUCUUCCACGCCGUGUGCCAGGACAGGCGUAAGUUUGGACCGAUCGGCUGGAACAUCCCGUACAACUUUACGCCAGAAGAUCUGACAACAAACAGGAGGCAGCUCAAGUAUUUCCUUGACAAGUUUGAUGAGAUUCCAUACACUGUGCUUCAGUUCCUCGGGUCGAGGAUCAAUUAUGGUGGGCGUGUCACAGACAAAAAGGACAAGGUAUUGAUCGACUGCUUGAUCAAGAUCUUCAUUUGUGAGGACGUCGUGGUCAAAGGUGAAAGGUACAAGUUUUCGCAGGGUGGCCUCUUCUACUGCCCCAAUGCUUCGUCGCAGGACGAGUUCCUAACCUACUUGCGUGGCCUUCCCUACAUGACGCCGCCAGAGGUCUUUGGAUUGCAUGAAAACUGCGAGAUCACCUGUGCAGAGGCUGAGUCGAUGGCCAUGCUCUCCGACGUCAUGGCUCUCAAUGCAGCAGGAGGCUCUGGCGGCUCCGGCGGCGGCAAGUCCGCGGAUGAGGUCAUGGACGAGAUGGCUGCCGAGUUGGAGAAGCAGACCCCGAGUCCAUGGGACUUGGACCUUUGGGAGGAGCGUUUCCCAACGAAGUAUGAAGAGUCGCGAAACACCGUGGUGAAGCAGGAGGCUGCGAAGUAUAACAAGCUACUCGCCCUGCUGAAAGCACAGCUUCCCCUUUUCCGGCGUGCUGUGAAAGGUUUUGUAGUUAUGACCGACGAGCUGGAAGCAAUUGGGAAGGGCUUCUUCAUGAAUGCCGUCCCCGAAGGUUGGGCCGGCAUUGGUUUCCUCUCCCUGAAGCCGCUGACGUCCUGGUACAAGGACUUGAACGAUCGGAUCGAUUUCUUCAACCGAUGGUAUGAAGGAGGCCAUCCAAUUUCUUUUUGGCUCCCAGGUCUGUUUUUCCCACAGGCAUUUCUCACUGCAGUCAUGCAGAAUUUUGCCCGUGCUCACAAGUACCCAAUCGACCGGAUCGACUUUGACAUCGAGGUUCGAGACGACGUCCGCCUUGAUGGAAGUGAUAUAGCCGAGCAUCCUGAGGCCGGUUCGUACAUGUAUGGACUCUAUUUAGAGGGAUGUCGUUGGGACGACAACCUCCAUGCUCUGGCCCCAUCACUGCCAAAGGUGCUUUUCACGCAGGUCCCGGUCGUACACUUCAUCCCCACCUUGGACUUCAAGGGCAAGCCAGGAGUGUAUCCCUGCCCUGUCUACAAGGUGUUGAGCAGAAAGGGUACUUUGUCCACCACUG